AGAAUAGGCCUCACCUACCGCGUCGCCAACCCAGCGUCAUGGUCGGGCGGAGGCUUCGAGGGCUGCGCUUUUGUGUUUGAAAAAGGAAGAAGAACCUUUUGCUCGCCCCAACCUCCCCCAUUCCUUUUCUGAUUCAGAUCUUCCAGCAUGCAGAGCUCAGCCUUCACUCUCUCUCCUUCUCUUCCUCUUCUCAAGUCUCGCCCUCGCACUUCUUCCCGCUUCGAUCCCAUACGCCUCUCUGCUUCUUCCUCUUCCUCUUCCAAACCCAAUGUCGCUUGCUCUUCCACUUCUUUCACGCGCCGAUCCUGGUCACUUGCUUCUUCUUCAUCCCCUUUUCCCUUCAGGCCCUGGACAUCUUUCCCCACACUCACUUCCUCCGAUCCCGAUGCAUCUCCUUUCGAGGCCAGGGCUGCCUCAGUGCCUGAGAGCAGCAGUGAGGCAUCCAAUAGUAUGGCCAACACAUUGGUGCUCGGAUCCUUGUUUGGUUUCUGGUACCUCUUCAAUAUCUAUUUCAACAUCUACAACAAGCAGGUAUUGAAGGUGUUCCAUUUCCCGCUCACCGUCACUGCAGUUCAAUUUGCUGUUGGGACUAUCCUUGUAUUGUUUAUGUGGGGUUUCAAUCUAUAUAAAAGGCCUAAGAUCAGUGGUGCCCAGCUUGCAGCGAUACUUCCACUGGCUUUGGUACAUACCUUAGGGAACCUUUUCACAAAUAUGAGUCUUGGAAAGGUAGCCGUGUCUUUCACUCACACAAUCAAAGCAAUGGAGCCCUUCUUUUCAGUGGUUCUUUCUGCCAUGUUUCUUGGAGAGUUGCCUAAUCUAUGGGUAGUUGCUUCCCUAAUGCCCAUUGUUGGUGGAGUGGCACUUGCAUCAGCUACUGAGGCCUCUUUCAAUUGGGCUGGAUUUUGGAGUGCAAUGGCAUCCAAUUUGACAAAUCAAUCUCGCAAUGUUCUCAGCAAAAAAGUCAUGGUUAAGAAAGAUGAUUCUAUGGACAAUAUAACCCUCUUCUCAAUAAUAACUGUCAUGUCCUUCUUCAUGUUAGCCCCGGUAGCUGUAUUCAUGGAGGGUGUAAAGCUUACCCCUGCAUAUCUGCAAUCUGCGGGGAUAAAUGUGAAACAAAUAUACAUCAGAUCACUUCUUGCUGCACUGUGUUUCCAUGCUUAUCAGCAGGUUUCUUACAUGAUAUUACAAAGGGUGUCACCUGUUACCCACUCUGUGGGUAAUUGUGUGAAGCGGGUUGUGGUUAUUGUGAGCUCUGUCAUCUUCUUUCAAACACCUGUGUCACCCAUUAACGCUUUUGGGACUGGCAUAGCUCUUGCCGGGGUUUUCCUCUAUUCAAGGGUGAAGCGAAUCAAGCCAAAGGCCAAGACAGCGUAAUUUUCCGCAGUGAAGUUUUGCUAGUUGCGUAUGAAUUGUUUCGUAGGUCAGACGGGGAAAUCAAGGGUCUUCAUUAUUUUCCGCUCUCCUUUCUUUAUUUAGCUACUUGUGGUAUUCAUUGUUUGUGGCUGAGUAGCGCCAAAUGGUUCUGCUCCAAGAAAACUUGAUCAUCUGUAUUGCUUUUUGAGGAACCACCAGUUUCUUAUGGGUCAAAUGUAUAAUGUCCAUUCAUUUGUCUACGGUUAUGCCCGUUGGACUCUGUAGGAAACGAGCUUUAGGUCAAAAAUUGGGUUAUUGACGUUUGGAUCUUGAAAAGUCUAAUUAGAUUAGAGGAACAUCUAAUAAACUGCUAUCAGUAUUCAUGUUUUC